AUGAAUACGCACCUCUCCGUUUUCGGUAAGACGUGCCAGAGUCCCUCGCGCCCCAUUUCUGGCUCGAUUGGAUGCGCGGGGUUCUCCGUCUUUCUGACGCUUCAGCCAAUCAGAAUUGUUAACACUCAACAGAGAGCCGGCGCCAACAACAGCGAACCGGACUCGUUCCUGGCGGCUUCUUCCCGUGUUACUGCACCACGCGCACAGACCACCAAUAUCAGCCCUGUAGCCUUGUUCAACGGGUCCAGCUCCCCCAUCAGCUGCAGCUCAGUUCAGCGUCGCAUUCAAACCCCAUCGCUGCGAUCGACCCGUCCGUUGUCGCGACUUUAUUCUCCGGCCCAGAUUCAACCUCCAGCUUCACAUCUCCACCUCGAGGUCCUCCAAGAACAACAAACUCAAAGGCGUGCGCGCGCCUCGCUCCUCAGAACGUCACGAACCAGAACAACCCGCCGCAAAACACAAAACAAAGUCGCAAAAAUGUCAGCCGACGACCCCUCCUCGAUCCCAACCUCCACCUCUCGCCUCUCCUCCCGCCCCACCAAGCGUCUCCGCGCCUCCUCUCCCACCUCCCUUCAGGCCUCCCACCUGCAACAACUCUUCGCCAAACCCGACCGAGAAAUCAUCAUCCCACCGCUCCCCUCCUCCGCCACUUCCGGCUCCUCUCGACUACCUCCCCCUCCGGAAAUCGUGACCAACGUCCAGGGUUCUUCCGCCGGUGCGGGAUCGGGCGAGUUUCAUGUCUAUAAAGCUGCCCGCCGGAGGGAAUAUGAACGGCUGAGGAUCAUGGAUGAGGAGGUUGCGAAGGAGAAGGAGAGGGAGGAGUUUGAAGCCAAGAAAAGGGAGAGGGAGAGGGCGGAUGAGGAGAAGACAAGGAGGAAUCGGGAGAAGAGGGAGAAGAAGAAGAAUAAAGGGAAGGGGGGUAAAGGUGGAGGUGGAAGUGGAAAUGGUAGUGCAAGUCAAGGAGGGAGUAUGACGACAGCAAAUGGGGCCGAGAAGAAAGAGACUGCAAAGACUGGGGACGAGGGAGGCGCAAAGGAGAGUGCAGCCGGAGCUGGAGCCACUAGCAACGACACCGCUGGGGAGAGUACCGCAAAGGAAGCGGACAAGUCCACUUCGACCACGGCUGCGGCUGCUUCCGGGGCAGUAGUACCCGGAAAUGCGGAGUCUGGGCUACUUAUCGUUGAAGACGACUGA